UGAGCUCGAGAAACCAAAAACAGCUUAGUUUUGCUAAGGACAAUCCAUACAACUGUUCUGAAUCAUUGAACAGAAUGGGAGGAGACGACUGUAAGCAAAAUAAUGAAAUUGAACGUAUUGGAUACAUAACCCGAGUGCAAAGCUUCAGUGCUUGUCACCGACUACAUAGCAAGUCACUGAGUGAUGAAGACAACAAGAGGGUAUUUGGAAAGUGUAACCACCCCAAUGGGCAUGGGCACAACUAUAAAGUUGAAGUAACUGUGCGUGGAAAAAUUGAUCGUGUUACUGGCAUGAUUAUGAACCUUACUGACCUGAAGCAGCAUAUGGAGGAGGCCAUCAUGAUACCCCUUGAUCACAAAAACUUGGAUAAGGAUGUCCCAUACUUUGCGGAUGUUGUCAGCACAACAGAAAACCUGGCUGUGUACAUCUGGGACAGCUUGGCAAAACUCAUCCCACUAAACAUGCUCUACGAGAUCAAGAUCCACGAGACUGACAAGAACAUUGUUGUGUACCGCGGAGAAUAAUUUAAAUGAUUUUGAUUUGGACCUUAAAUAAUAUCAUUAGCAAAACAAAGGAAAGAAAAGCAUAGAUGAGAACUUAUCACAAUAAAUUUUCAUUAAUUAAAUUUUCAGGACCAGAUAGUUGUGCUGAUUUCCCCCAUUAACAAAAUACUGAUUUUUCUAAUUAAUCAAAGAAAAUAUGCUGUAGUACCAGCAGAGGGAGCUAUUGCUCCUUCACGGUUGUUCAUGUUGCAAUCUGAGGCACAUUAUCAAGCUGUAAAGACCAUCAUCAGGUUGAGUGGACGGCUGGAGAAAUGCGGUCUUUGUAGUGACUGCUCUUAUAAGUGAAGAAAGACAAUAUUUUGAAAAUUAGAACAAGACAUUCUGUUAAGUAAAUGUAUGUUAAAGCAGUUGUUAAAAUAUGUGCCAGAACCACCACUGGGUGUUGUUGAAGGUGUUUUUAUGUAGCACUAUCAUGUUCUGUGAAUAGAAUAAUCUGUUUUUCCAUUUUUGUUUUUUUUAUUUUUUGAUGUGUGAUGUAAAUUUUAAUGCACUGUUUUUCUGAAGAUUGACAAAUAUAUGGACAUUUGCUCACUUUUAAUUAAUAGUGAAGAAGGAUUGAAGUGUCACUUUGUUUUAUUGAGCAAAAUGUAGUGAUGACAUGCUGGAGUUACAAUUUUGACCAAGUACCUUCUUAAGAAAACUCAUGAGGAGCCCUAACAUUUUGCUCAUUUAAAAGCCCAAAACAGCAGUGUAAUUGAAUUUUAUGUAGCUGAAGAAAAUCUCUGCAUAUUGUCAGUGUUUUGCAUACAUAUAUGAAUAUAUAGGAAGCCUAAGGUCAUAUAGAGCAGGGCUACAGGAUAGUGUGGCUGCUUGCCAACUGCUGUAGCUGGGGUAGUGUUAGUGUUGUAGAUGUCAAGUUGACAUAAAAUUACAUAACACUUUACAAAACUGUGAAAACCAUGCCUUGUAUAAUAUUUGUGUGUUUUCAAAUGCCACUGCGGGGAACCUUGGAUGCUGACGCAGUGAUUAAAUCUUUAAUCCCGCCAAGAGCUUCCGCUAAGAGUCUCCCGUGGUUCCUGUAGAGCAGCAGUUCAUAUACUCCUCCUAAACUGAACUGUCAGUACAGGCCGAAGCACAAAGAAAACACAAAGAAAACCUCCAGAGAUUUUUAUUAAUUUUAUGCUGAAAGAACAAGGUUCUUGUAGUGGGAAAAUGCAGCUGAGUGCUUUAUCAUCUUGUCAGGAAAGGCCGCACUAGGUUUUGUCCAGAUUGUUCAUUGCUGCCAGCAGUAAACCCUAAAAUGAGAGCUUACAAAUCUCCCCAUAUUUUUUUGAUGAUUAAAGUGCACCAAUGGUAUUUCUCAGAAAAAUCAUCACUGCUUCACCCCAUUAUUAUUAUGUUACAAUUAUAUAUAAGUAGGAACUUGAAAUGAAUUUGGGGUUUUAUUUUUUCAGACAAGAGUAAAUUUGUGGUGCCAUUCAACAGAAGUGAUGACAAAAGAUCAAAACUUAAAUUCCAGUAAAGAAUAUAUACAUAAAUUCUUUAUACUUGCUGGAACUUCUUAUUAAUUCUUCUCCAAAGCAAACUUUAUAUUUGAAAGGGCAAAAAUCAAUGCAAACAGAUUCUGAGUAAGCCAGCACUGUGUGCGUAGGCUAGCACGUCAUGGACUUUGCACAUGUGACAGUGAGGCUUCAUGUGUGUUUUUUUUCCCAGUUUGCAUUUUGCAUUUUGCUAAAGCAGAACGACCCAGUUUACAGCAUGAAAGAGUUUUGCUCAUGUAACCCAUUCUGCGAAUUGCACAAAUGGCAAAAUUAACUAACACAAGUGUCAAAUGAUGGUCAAGGAACUCU